AUGUUAUCCGGUUUUUUUUGGUCAGCUCUUGCAAUGUUUUACAGUAGAAUACGGUCUGUGGCCUCAACGGCCGCCGUGACGAGCCUUUUCACAGCGACUGUCGCUCAGGCUGGGAAUUGCUCAUCAUCUGUGAUUCCCCAUCCAUCCAUACCUGGAGGACAGGUACUGGAUCUCUCUGCCGUUCCGGUAUCGAAUUAUGCAUACGAUGAAUCUACACUAGACUUCUGCAAUGUGACGGUCACAUAUACCCACCCAGGGAAGAAUGAUACCAUCCAUGCCACAGUCUGGCUCCCCUUCACCAACUGGAACCACCGACUCCAGGGCUCCGGCGGAGGCGGAUUCGCCAUGAGAUCUGAAGAUGCCGUCCUUGCGGCAGCUGUGGCCCAGAACUAUACGGUCCUAGCCACGGACGGAGGCCACGACUUGAACUCGCAGAGUUCAGCAUCAUGGUCCCUGGACGCUUCAGGAAAUGUGAACAUGGCGUUACUAGAGGACUUCGCCUACGUCGCUCUCGGCGACGCCGCGACUAUCGGCAAACAGAUCGCCACCAGUUUCUAUGGUCUUGCUCCGCGAUACUCAUACUGGAAUGGGUGCUCGACAGGCGGUAGACAGGGUCUGAUGCUCGCACAGCGAUAUCCAACCGCGUACGACGGUAUCAUGGCUGCUGCUCCAGCAAUUAAUUGGGCCAGUUUUCUGGUCGCAGAGUUCUGGCCCCAGUUUGUCAUGAAUCAGCUUAACGCUUUUCCUCCAACUUGUGUCUCGGAUGCUAUUACUGCUGCGGCGAUUAAGGCGUGCGAUGAUAUCGACGGAGUUCUGGACGGGGUGAUUUCUGCGCCCGACUUGUGUGAUUUCGAUCCAUUUACUACGGUUGACACGAGGGUAAAUUGUAGUGGAGUCAGUGUGAGAAUCUCCAAGAAGGAUGCUGAGGUGGCCAACAGUGCAUGGGAAGGAUUCAGGUCUUCUGAGGGCUCGUUUCUAUGGUACGGACUUGAUAAGGGCACGCCCCUGUCGAUGGGCGCAUCGAGUCUCGCGAGCACCGUAUGCUCGACACCGUUCAACUGCACCGGCUCUCCGUUUGCAAUCUCUUCAGACUGGAUCCGCCGGUUUGUCCUGCAAGAUCCAUCCUUCGACCUCACCACGCUGGAUCACAAAGCUCUCGAUAGGGUAUUCUCUCUUUCUAAGGAAAGAUACAACGACAUAAUCAGCACCGAUAAUCCAGACCUCUCCGCCUUCAAACAGGCAGGUGGAAAGAUGAUAACCUGGCAUGGGCUCUCUGACACAUUGAUCUUCCCCAAGGGCACAGAACAAUACUACAAAAGGGUGGAAGAGAAGGACCCAUCCGUGCGAGACUUUUACCGCUUUUUCAAAGCCCCAGGGGUACAUCAUUGUUCUGGUGGUGUGGGGCCUGUCCCCGUUGAUCCGUUGAGCCAGGUGGUAGAUUGGGUGGAAAAUGGCGUCGUGCCUGAGACUGUUGAUGCUCUGGCUGCUGAUGGACGGAGAAGAAACUUGUGUCAAUAUCCGCUCGUUUCGGUGUAUAAGGGUGGCGAUGUUAAGGAUGCAGCGAGUUAUCGGUGUGAAGAAGGUCAUUAG